CUGAGAAAUAAACUUGGGGUGAAAGUCAGCUGUCGGAGGCUCUGUGCCUCGGAGUGUGUGAGAGCAGGGAGGUUGGACACUGUGCGUCUCUGAGGCUCUUUUUCAAUGAGCCACUUUGGAGCUUUUAUUUUCUUCAUCGUUCGAUCGAAUCGUGUUUAACCCUCACCGGUCAAAAACGUUACAUUUGGCUCUGAGGGAUUUUAGUUGUUUUUUUUCCCGUCGUCUCCACUUGUGUCCGUGGCGCGGGUAUAUACCGGGAGCCCUCCUCCAUUCCCCGGGAGCGGUGGCGACGAGCGGGUCGCUUCUGGACGUGCGAGUCGUCUCCCUUUUCCCAAGAUGUCCCGUUUCAAAGCGGAUCUAUUUGGCUGCUGCGGGCUGCACGACGGCCGCUCCUCGGCGUUGGCAUGAAGCACUGGAGACGAAGCCAGAUCGACACACAGGACCAGGGCCAUGACUGACAGCCAGGCGAGCUGAGGAGACUUGUCACUCAUCUACCUAUCAGCGUGUCAGGGGGGCUAUCUCAUUCUCACCUCCCCCUCUUCCUCCACCUUGUCCUCCUCCCUCCCUCAGCCCUCUCCUCUUAUCUUCUCAAUGGGCUGGUAACCCUCAUCGUCUUCGUCGUUGAACCCCCACUCCAGAAACCAAGAGGGCGAGACGUAGUAAAAACGAACUUCUGAAGACACUUCUGCACCGACCAUUCCCUCCACCUGAAGGGAGUCUGACAUGUCUCCUCACUCCAGCUGAGCGAGCCGUAGAAAGUGGGAGUAGAAGAGGGGUCCUUUUGUCCACACGACUUCAGAAGGAGAUACAGCUGCUAGAGGAGGAGCUGAGAGAGGACCAGUCAUGCGUUUCCAUUUAGCGUUGACCCUGCAGGCGCUGUGGACUGGUGUUUGCCAGGCGGCCAUGCAGCACUACCCGGCAGCAUGGGGCCACUACGACGUAUGUAAGUCCCAGGUGUACACAGACGAAGGCCUGACCUGGGACUACAUGGCCUGCCAGCCCGAGGCGGCAGACAUGACCCAGUUCCUGAAGGUUACUCUGGAUCCCCCCAACAUCACCUGCGGAGACCCUCCAGAGACAUACUGCGCCCUGGAGAACCCUUACAUGUGUAAUAAUGAAUGUGAUGCCACCACUGAGGAGCUCGCUCACCCUCCAGAGCUCAUGUUCGACACUGAGGGCCGUAACCCCACCACCUUUUGGCAGUCCACAUCCUGGAAGAAGUAUCCAAAGGCCCUCCUGGUAAAUAUCACGCUAUCUUGGAACAAGACUAUCGAGCUUACCGACGACAUCGUCCUCACCUUUGAAUCAGGCCGGCCUGAACAGAUGGUCCUGGAAAAGUCGCUGGAUUAUGGACGAACCUGGCAGCCCUACCAGUUCUAUGCCACUGACUGCCUGGAUGCCUUCACCAUGGAGCCCAAGACGGUGCAGGACCUGACCCAGCACACCCUGCUGGACAUCAUCUGCACUGAGGACUACUCGCGAGGUUAUGUGUGGAAGUAUGACAAAACUGUGCGCUUUGAGAUAAAGGACCGCUUUGCGCUGUUCGCCGGACCCCGGCUCCACAACAUGGCCUCGCUUUAUGGCCAACUGGACACGACCAAGAACCUGAGGGACUUCUUUACCAUCACAGACCUGAGAGUUCGCCUCCUCCGGCCUGCGACGGGAGCUACGAUGGUGGACGAGAACAACCUUUCCAGAUACUUCUACGCCAUUUCUGACAUCAAAGUGCAGGGCAGGUGCAAGUGCAACCUUCAUGCCAACAGCUGCGUGUUUGACAAAGAGAAGUUGAGCUGCGAGUGUGAACACAACACCACUGGGCCCGACUGUGGCCGCUGCAAGAGGAAUUACCAGGGGCGAGCAUGGAGUGCUGGCUCCUACCUGCCCAUCCCAAAGGGCACAGCUAAUAUCUGUAUCCCUAAUAACAUUGGUCCAGUUAUUCGGCCGAAUGUGUCAUCCCUAGGUGUCGCUAACCGAAAAGAAGUAGCUCCUCAAGUUGCAUUGUCCACUGCCCCUUCUGUCCACGUUGCAAACAGCAAGCGAGACUGCGAAUGCUUCGGCCACUCCAACCGAUGCAGCUACAUCGAGCUGCUAAACACCGUCAUUUGCGUGAGCUGUAAGCACAACACUAGGGGCCAGCACUGCCAGCUAUGCAAGCUGGGCUACUACCGCAAUGCCUCGGCAGAACUGGACGAUGAAAAUGUGUGCAUAGAGUGUAAUUGUAAUCCCUUUGGCUCAGUCAGUGAUCGCUGUAAUGACACAGGAUUUUGUAUAUGUAAGGAGGGCACUACAGGGCCCAAGUGUCAGGAGUGUCUACCCGGCUAUUUGUGGGACGAUGGCUGCAAAUCCCGGGUGUGUGACAACGAGCUCCUGCGCUGCCAAAACGGCGGGGUGUGCGUCAACAAUGUCCGCUGCAACUGUCCCCCGGCCUACUCAGGCCUGCUGUGCGAGAAGUCCCGCUGUGAAUCGCUGGGGGGCUGCAGGGGCCCCGAAUCAGGCCAGCCCCCCCUGGCGUCUCCGUCGUCCCUCAGGCUGCUGCUGCUGCUGCUGCUGCUGCUGGGCUCUGCGCUGCUGAGAGAGGCCUCCUGCUGGCCCGCCAUGCUCCAAAGAGACCCAUGACCUGGUGGGAGUGAUUCAGCCCCCAACCCAACCUCCACCCUAACCCGUCCACCACCCCCCACCACGCCCUUAAAAUACUGUAAUCAACAACCAUCAAACGAGAAAACAACCAUGAGCUUUCUGGACUGUACUGUACUGAGCUUCUCUGCCGCCAGACUCAGUAGACACUGACGAAAAGGGAAUGUGCCGGACGAAUGAGUGGAAAAACUUUUUUUUCAUUUAAUUUCAAAGAUGAUAUAGAAAUGAACUAACAUAUACUUUUAAAAAUGACAGAUAUUAUAAAAAAUAAAAUAUAGAGAGACUGAGCGUUUGCCUAAAAGAGUAAAAUGAGCAAAGAACAGUAAGCCCCACCCCCCCACAUCCCCCCCUCCUCUAAGCCAUACCAGGUACUUGAGCUCCUUCCAGUUAAAGGAGGGGAAGGUGACAGACUUGUUCACUUCCUCUCAUAUUGCCACGGCAACAACGGCUGCGACCAAUCAGCUUUCCGCAGGAGCCCGCGGUGGCCGCCGAUCCCCCGCCCCCCAGGGAUGCUGCUGCUGAGUUAAUGUUGGCUCGACUGAUGCCGAAGAAUUCUCAGAGAAAGUGUCCCCACUGACCGGCAGAGACCCCUGGCCUCCGACACGCGACCGCGACACUUCGGCACGCCGACAAACUGAGAGAGCAGAAAACACGGGACGCAUUCUUUGCUGUCAGUGCAUUGUGGAUAGAAGGAAAUCUGUCCUGACUGCCCCCUCCCCUUCCCGUCCCUCUCUAGCUUCCUGUCUCUCCUUCGAGCUCUGUCUCGUCCUCCCUCCUGUUCAUCCUCCUUUUUCCCCCCGAGCCGAGCCCGCUCGCCAUGCUGCCACUGACCUGUGCUUUCGUGAACGUUACUCUGUAAAACCCUCGUUGGUUGAAAGAUUCUUUUGUCCGAUGUUAGUGAUGCACAUGUGUAAGAAGCGCCCCCCCCCCCCCCCCCCCCCCCCCCCCCCUUUCCCUCUCCAAAAAGAUACUCCAGUACAGGUGUCUGAUUCUUAUCGGCCUUAGAGCCGCCACGCUCCCUGCGAUCAUGGUCCUGGGAUAGUUUUCACCUGAGCAGACGAGAAGUGCAUAGAAAACCAUCAGUGUAUUUGCAAGUUUUUUUUCUCCACAGAGCAAACAAACAAAAAAAGAUUCAUGUAGUCCUUUUGUAUCUUUGCCGAACUGUGACUGAAAAAAAGGCAACCUUUAAUGUAUCUAUUUAAGAAGUCCACAUGCAGAAGCAGAUGUCUAUGGUUUCCCUUUUUUUUCCCACUUUCUCUGCAUUUCUUUCAUUCACUUAUUUUAUUUCUUAUUAUUUCUUUUUCGUUGUGCAGUUGAUUUCCCUUUGUAUUGGCAAAGUGCUGGCAUCAAAGAAUAUCAGUUUACAUAUAAAGUAUUAUUAAAGUGUAAUAAAAUCCCACCAAAGGACAUUAUAAAUGUUUUUGUUCUUGCUUUAACACGAGAAUUUAAGUGAAUAAAGGUUUAAAAGCUAAA